CUCCGCCGGGGAUUCCUGAUCCCUGCAACCAGGUCAGUAGAAGAGUCAGCAAUACGCAGGAACCGAGCAUGGCCCAGACAGAGGAUGCCAUUGAGACCCCAGCAUUGGGCCGCCCCUUCCAGCUGGGGAUGCUUUACGACUGUCGCAAGGAUGCCCUUAUCCCAGGAGUCACCCUUUGGGAUUACAGCUCUCUUCAGAAGGAUCUGACCAUCAAACCUCAACCAAAGACAGAAUCAGAAAUCAUUGCUUCUGAUAGCAUAGAUGAUAAGGCCUCCACCCUGGACAUCUCAGCCUCCCUCAAGGCCAGUUUCCUGGGAGGGCUGGUUGAAGUGGGAGGGUCGGCCAAGUAUCUUCACGACACCAAGCAGUCCAAGCAACAGGCCAGAGUCACUGUUCAGUACAAAACCACCACCAAGUAUGAACAGCUGACAAUGAGCCACCUAGGAAUCCAGAAUGUCUCUUACCCAGCUGUCUUUGAGCAUGGCACAGCCACCCAUGUGGUCACUGCCAUCCUCUAUGGAGCCCAGGCCUUCUUUGUGUUUGAUCGAGAAGUUUCUUCAACAGAGACAGUGAAACAUAUUCAAGGAAGUCUCCAGCUUACAGUCCAGAAGUUGAUAUCCAUCACAGGAGAAGCAGAGGUCAAACUGACUGAGAAGGAGAAAGAGAAUGCUCUGAAGUUUAGUUGCAAGUUCCACGGAGACUUUUCUUUGGAGAAAAAUCCAGUCACUUUCCAAGAUGCCAUGAAAGUUUAUGAAACUCUCCCAAAAUUGUUAGGGGAACACGGGGAGAAGGCUGUGCCUAUGAGGGUCUGGCUCUACCCGCUGACCAAGCUAGACACCAGAGCAGCUAAGAUGGUCCGAGAAAUCAGCCUAGCAUUGAUCUUUGAUGCUGAAAAGAUCUUGGAGGAACUCAAUGAAAUCCGGAUGCAAAGCAACGAUCUAGCCAAGAAUCCCAUUGCUGAGACCUUCCCUGAGAUCAAGAGGAAGAUCCAGCAGUUCAAGGAUCUCUGCAAGCAACACAGGCAGACUUUCCAGAAACAGCUGGCUAGAAUGUUGCCUUCCAUCCGGGGAGGAGGGCAGGAGGAAGGGAUCCUGGUGGACAUCUUGAUGUCCAUCAACCAGUCGCCUUUCAACAGCCAAAGACUCCGUGGAUUUCUGGACAGCAAAAAAAGAGAAAUUAACUUUGUCAAAUCUUAUCUGACUAUUCUAAAUGAAAUGCAAGUUAUCUCAUCUCAGAACAAGUUGGAAGAAAUAGUUCUGGACCUCCAGAAUGUAUAUGUGGUCUCCUUUAUAUUCACUUCUUUAUAUAAAAAUGAGCCAUUUCUGUUGAGCUUACAAGACUGGCUUGGGGAGCAAUUCUUGCAAGAAUCAGCUAAGUCCACAAGAUCCAGUUCUGGUCAGGAGGAAGACACAGCAUGGUUUGAUGACAAGGGAUGGACCCGCAAUGCUCGCCAAGCUGCCAAAUCCAUUAAAGACUAUUUCAGUAUCAACCAAUCCAAUGAGAAGGUCUGCUAUGUCGUGGCCUCUCUCCCAGAUCUGGCCACACCAGGAGCCUCAAUAUACCUUUAUGAAGAUGGACGGCUGGUCAGCCAGAACUUUGAGUUGCCCUCAAAACCUCUCCCUUUCCUGAUCAGUGAACUGAGACAUGACAGCAUUCAACUGAAGUUUCAGCCAGCUGAAUAUGGAAAGGCUUCCAUCUCCAACUAUCUGGUAGAGUACAAGGUUGCAGGGGACGAAAACUGGAAGACCGUGAGGACAGAGGACACCAGGGAGAUGUUCCUGCUGAAAGAUCUGCCUCCAAACACAGAGUACCAGUUCCAGUAUGCUGCUUGUUGCAAGCCAGGCCUUAGUAAAUCCAGUGACCUGAGCCCACCCAUUAAGACCCUUCCCACCAGCCCUCCUGAGAAAUUAAGAAUGGUCACUGCAGCACCUUCUGUCAUCUCUGUGGCCUGGAUGAGUCCCAGCAUCGUUGCUUCAGGAGUUAUGGUCAAGGAGUAUAAGGUGGAGUACAGAAUGGUGGAGGCUGGAAUUGGGAGUGUCCAGUGGACUGAAAAAAGGACUGGAAGAAAAACAGAAUUUUAUCCCAUUGAAGGUCUAAAGCCCCAGACAGUGUAUAAAAUACGGGUGUCAGCCAUGUGUGAUAAUGGAGCUCUGGGUGUCCCUAGCAAGGAGAUGGAGGUCUCCACAUCACUGGAGGAAGGAAGUAUAGAUAAUGUAGCUCGCCAGUUCCUUCAGGAAAGCUCCCUGGUGGAGGACAGACAGCCAUUAAUGUUCACCCUGCCUCUGAAGAAAGUCCCCUCAGAUUCCUCCAGAUCCUGUUUCAUGUACCAGGUUGGAAAGGAGAACCCAGAAGUGCCCAACAAAGUGAUCCUGGUGAUGGGAGCAACAGGGUGUGGGAAAACCACUCUGAUCAACGGGAUGAUCAAUUAUAUUGUGGGUGUCCAGUGGGAAGAUAAUUUUAGAUUCAAACUCAUUCAUGAAACCACCCAGAGAAGCGAAGCUGGAAGGAGGACGUCUGAAGUCACAGCCUUUGUGGUGAACCAUCGGAAGGGUUUCCAAAUUCCCUUUUCUCUCACAAUCAUUGACACUCCAGGAUUUGGAGGCACAAGAGAUGCAGAGCAAGACAAACUGGUGGAGAAGCAGCUCCUGGAGUUUUUCUCCACCCCAGGGGGCAUUGAUCACAUGGAUGCCAUCUGCUUGGUGGCCCAGGCCUUCCUUGCCCAUUCAACUCACAUCCAAAAAUGUGUCUUUGACUCCAUGCUCUCCAUGUUGGGAAAAGACGUGAAGGAAAACAUCCAACUCCUGAUCACCUUUGCGGAUGGGGGGACCCCACCUGUCCUGGAGGCCCUCAAGGAGACUGACCUGCCGUGUACUCAGAAUGAGUCGGGAAUCCCUCUGCACUUCAGACUCAACCAUUCAGCCCUCUUUGCUCCCCGAGAAUAUGGAGGAAGCCCUAAUAUUGUUGCCGAAAUGUUCUGGAAAAUGAGCACUGAGAGCAUGAAGAAUUUAUUUGACUCAUUAGUGAUGCUGGAAACCAAAAGUUUAACCUUGACCAUGGAGGUCCUCAAGGAACAUCAGGAGCUGGAAGCUGCUCUUAGAAGACCUCCCCCUCCUAAGGUUGAGCAAGUGCACCCAAAUAGUUUCCACAUCAGUAUUGAUCCAGCAGCCAUCGGGAAGGCUUCGGUCUCCAGGUACCAGGUGGAAUAUCGGAUUGCAGGAGACAAUUGGAAAAGUCUCAAUACUGAAGGCCCAAAGGAUCAAUUCACCCUGGAAGAUGUCCACCUAAACCUUCAGUACCAAUUCCGAUGUGCAGCUGUGACUCCAGGAGGGCUCAGUCAAUGGAGUGAGGCAAUCACUUGCAUCUGUCCUACGGGGAGGCCUGCUGAGAAAUCCCGAGUUUUGUGUUGUGCAACUUGUCUGGAAAUUCCUGGAAGCAUCCGAGGGCCUGAACGUAGGAUCAUCCUGAUGGGAAAAAGCGGAAAUGGGAAAAGUGCAACAGGAAACACAAUUCUGGGAAGCAAAGUCUGUGAAUUUGGUUCAGCCACCAAAACGUGCCAAAAAGAGGAGACAUGGCUGAAGGGCAGGAAGAUUGUGGUUCUCGAUACGCCCGGCUUUGUAGAUACGCCUGGCUUUUGGAAUCCAGUGUUUUACUCCAACUACAUGAUAAAUGGAAUUACGAAGUUUGUCAGCCUUUACUCCCUAGGUCCCCACGUUAUUCUGUGGGUCAUUCGUCUUGGCUCUUUCACCAGGCAGAGGUUGGUGGCUGAGCAGUUCAAAAAUAUUUUCAGCCUUAAAGGCAAGAAUUAUACGAUCGUCUUGUUCACUCACAAAGAGGAGCUGAAAGGGAGGGCUCUGGAGGAAUUCAUAUCCGAGGAAGAUCCCUCUCUUAGGAGUGAAAUGUCCCACUAUGGGAACCGGUUCCUUGCUUUCAACAACGAGGCCGAAGGAGAAGAACGAGAAGCUCAGGUGGCCCAACUGAUGACUAUGAUUGAUGACCUGGUGCAAAAGAACAAAGAUGCUCCUUGUUACACAGAAGAGAUGUUAACAGUCAGUAGAAGAGUCAGCGACACACAGGAACCGAGGAUGGCCCAGAGAGAAGAUGCCAUUGAGACCCCAGCCCUGGGCCGCCCCUUCCAGCUGGGGAUGCUUUAUGACUGUCACAAGGAUGCCCUCAUCCCAGGAGUCACCCUUUGGGACUACAGCUCUCUUCAGAAGGACCUGACCAUCAAGCCUCAGCCCAAGACAGAAUCUGAAAUCAUUGUUUCUGACAGCAUAGAUGAUAAAGCCUCUGCCCUGGACAUCUCAGCCUCCCUCAAGGCCAGUUUCCUGGGUGGGCUGGUUGAAGUGGGAGGGUCAGCCAAGUAUCUUCAUGACACCAAGAAGUCCAAGCAACAGGCCAGAGUCACCGUUCAGUACAAAACCACCACCAAGUAUGAACAGCUGACAAUGAGCCACCUAGGAAUCCAGAAUGUCUCUUACCCAGCUGUCUUUGAGCAGGGCACAGCCACCCAUGUGGUCACUGCCAUCCUCUACGGAGCCCAGGCCUUCUUUGUCUUUGACCGAGAAGUUUCUUCAACAGAGACAGUGAAACAUAUUCAAGGAAGUCUCCAGCUUACAGUCCAGAAGCUGAUAUCCAUCACAGGAGAAGCAGAGAUCAAACUGACUGAGAAGGAGAAAGAGAAUGCUCUGAAGUUUAGUUGCAAGUUCCAUGGAGACUUUUCUUUGGAGAAAAAUCCAGUGACUUUGCAAGAUGCCAUCACAGCUUAUGAAACUCUCCCAAAAUUGUUAGGGGAACACGGGGAGAAUGCUGUGCCUAUGAGGGUCUGGCUCUACCCCCUGACCAAGCUAGACACCAGAGCAGCUAAGAUAGUCCGUGAGAUCAGCCUAAUGUUGAUCUUUGAUGCUGAAAAGAUCUUGGAGGAACUCAAUGAAAUCCAGAUGCAAAGUAACGAUCUAGCCAAGAAUCCCAUCGCUGAGACCUUCCCUGAGAUCAAGAGGAAGAUCCAGCAGUUCAAGGAUCUGUGCAAGCAACACAGGCAGAUUUUCCAGAAACAGCUGGCCAGAAUGUUGCCUUCCAUCCGGGGAGGAAGAAAGGAGGAAGGGACCCUGGGGGACAUCUUGAUCUCCAUUAAAGAGUCACCCUUCAAUGGCCAAAGACUCUGUGAAUUUCUAGACAGCAAGAAAAGAGAAAUUAACUUUAUCAAAUCUUAUCUGACCAUUUUAAAUAAUAUAGAAGUUAUCUCAUCUCAGAAUAAGUUGGAAGAAAUCGUUCUUGACCCCCAGAAUGUAUAUGUGGUCUCCUUUAUAUUCACCUCUUUACAUAAAAAGGAGCCAUUUCUGUUGAGCUUACAGAAGUGGCUUCAGGAGCAAUUCUCGCAAGAAUCAGCUAAGUCCACAAAGUCAGGGCAGGAGGAAGACACAGCCUGGUUUGAGGACAAGGAGAGGACCCGCAAUGCUCGCCGAGCUGCCAAAUCCAUCAAAGACUUUUUCAGUAUCAAUCAAUCCAAUGAGAAGGUCCGCAUUGUUGUGGCCUCACUCCCAGAUCUGGCCACACCAGGAGCCUCAAUGUACCUUUAUGAAGAUGGAGAGCUGGUCAGCAAGAAUUUUGAGUUGCCCUCAAAACCUCUCCCUUUCCUCAUAACUGAACUGAGACACGACAGCAUUCAACUGAAGUUUCAACCAGCUGAAUAUGGAAAGUCUACAAUCACCAACUAUCUGGUAGAGUACAAGAUUGCAGGGGAAGAAAACUGGAAGACCGUGAGGACAGAGGACACCAGGGAGAUGUUUCUGCUGAAAGAUUUGCUUCCAAACACAGAGUACCGGUUCCAAUAUGCUGCUUGUUGCAAGCCAGGCCUUACUAUAUCCAGUGUCCUGAGCCCACCCAUAAAGACCCUUCCCACCAGUCCUCCUGAGAAAUUAAGAAUGGUCACUGCAGCACCUUCUGUCAUCUCUGUGGCCUGGAUGAGUCCCAGCAUCAUUGCCUCUGGAGUUGUGGUCAUAGAGUAUAAAUUGGAGUACAGAAUGGUGGAGGUUGAAUAUGGAAAUGACCAAUGGAUUGAAAAAAGGACUGGGAAUAAAACAGAAUUUUACAGCAUUGAAGGCCUUAGGCCCCAGACGGCAUACAGAAUACGGGUGUCAGCCGUGUGUGACAAUGGGGUUCUGAGUGUCCCCAGCAAGGAGAUGAAGGUCUCCACAAUACUGGAGAAAGAAAGUGCAGACAAGGUAGCACACCAGUUCCUUCAGAAAAGCUACCUGGUGGAGGACAAACAGCCAUUAGUGUUUGCCCUUCAUCUGGAGAAAAUCUCCUCAGAUGCCUCCACCUCCUGUCUCGGUUACCAGCUUGGAAAGAAGAAUCCAGAAGUGCCCAAUAAAGUGAUCCUUAUAAUGGGAGCAACAGGAUGUGGGAAAACCACUCUCAUCAACGGGAUGAUCAAUUAUAUCCUGGGUGUCCAAUGCAGAGAUAAUUUCAGAUUCAAACUCAUUCAUGAAACCACCCAGAAAAGCGGAGCUGGAAGCAGGACGUCUGAAGUCACAGCCUACGUGGUGAACCAUCAGAAGGGUUUCCGAAUUCCCUAUUCUCUCACAAUAAUUGAUACUCCAGUAUUUGGAGGCACAAGAGAUGCAGAGCAAGACAAAUUGGUGGAGAAACAGCUGCUGGAGUUUUUCUCCACCCCAGGGGGUAUUGACCACGUGGAUGCCAUCUGCUUGGUGGCCCAGGCCUUCCUUGCCCAUUCAAUUCAUGCCCAGAAAUGCAUCUUUGAUUCCAUGCUCUCCAUGUUGGGAAAAGACGUGAAGGAUAACAUCCAACUCCUGAUCAGCUUUGCAGAUGAGGGGACCCCACCUGUCCUGGAGGCCCUCAGAGAGGCUGACUUGUCGUGUGCUCAGAAUGACUUGGGAACCCCUCUGCACUUCAAGUUCAACCAUUCUGCUCUUUUUGUUAACCAAGAAAAUGGAAGAAGCCAUAAUGCUGCUGGAGAAAUGUUCUGGAAAAUGAGCACUGAGAGCAUGAAGGAUUUCUUUGACUGGUUAAAGAUAUUGGAAACCAAAAGUUUAACCUUGACCAUGGAGGUCCUCAAGAAACGUCAGGAGCUGGAAGCCGCUCUUAGAAGACCUCCCCCUCCUAAGAUUGAGCAAGUGCACCCAAAUAGUUUCCAGAUCAGUAUUGCUCCAGUAGCCAUCGGGAAACCUUCAGUCUCCAGGUACCAGGUGGAAUAUCGGAUUACAGGAGAUAAUUGGAAAAGUCUCGAUGCAAAGAACCCUAAGGAUCAAUUCACCCUGGAAGAUGUCCACCUAAAUCUUCAGUACCAAUUCCGAUGUGCAGCUGUGACUCCAGUAGGGCUCAGUCAAUGGAGUGAGGCGAUCACUUGCAUCUGUCCUACGGGGAGGCCUGCUGAGAAAUCCCGAGUUUUGUGCUGUGCCACUUGUCUGGAAAUGGCUGGAAGCAUCCGAGGACCUGAACGAAGGAUCGUCCUGGUGGGCAAAUGGGGAAAUGGGAAAAGUGCGACGGGAAACACAAUCCUGGGAAGCAAAAUCUUUGCGUUUGGGCUGUCAUCUCGGUCAGUAACACAAACCUGCCAGAAGGAGGAGACGCAGAUGAAGGGCAGGAAGGUUGUGGUUGUUGAUACGCCUGGCUUUUUCCAUACCUAUCGUCCAGACAAGGAUACUGCUGCAGAAGUGAGCAAGUGCGUGAAGUUUUGCUGCCCGGGUCCCCAUGUCAUUCUGCAUGUGGCGGAUCCUUUGCGUUUCUCCCAGGAGGAGACGGACGUGGCCCAGCAGGUCAAAGAGAUUUUUGGCCUUAAAGCCAAGGAUUACACGAUCCUCUUGUUCACCUGCAAAGAUGGCCUGGAAGGUCGAUCUCUAGAAAAUUUUAUAUCUUCCAGAGAUAAAAAAGUGAAGGAAUAUAUUGCUGAAUGCGGGAACCGGUGCCUGGCUUUCAACAACGAGGCAGAAGGAGUGGAACGAGAGGCUCAGGUGGCCGAAAUGAUGACCAUGAUUGAUGAUCUGGUGGAAAAGAACAGAUACGCUCCUUGUUACACAGAAGACAUGAUGAAAGUCAACAAAAGACAUGAUUUCAGAUUGCCUCCCUUUCCAUCAGGGACCAGAAAGUCUCUCUAAUUCAGCCUCUGCUCCAGUGGUGGGUUGCGGAGGCUCCGCCCACCCACCCAGACGUCUCUGCACAUGCACAGAAGUGUUGCGUGCGCGUGCCCACACCCACGAGGGAACCGGUAGCAGCCGAAAUUGAAACCGACUACUGCUCUGCUCCCAAGGUGACAGCUCUGCCAAAGGCCACUCUGAAGCUUCAAAAGGCUUUUUUUGCUAUUGCAACUAUUAUAUAGCUUCUCAGCUUCCAAUGAAUUAUGGGGGGAGGGAAGAGGGAGAUAGAAUUUAGGUUUCAGACAUGAAGAUCCCAGCCAUGAGGAUCUAUAGAUACUUUCAAAGACAUUAUGUAAGGAAUGCUCCACUCCUAGUAUGGGAAAAGGUUAAAGCCAAAAAUUAGCCAGGAAAGGUAAGUGAAAGAAACAAUGAUAACAUGGGCAAAUUUUUGGGGGGUAUGCUAUGGAAUUAGAUAAAUUAGAUAGAUAAACUUUGGGAUAGAAACUGUAAUUCACUAUGGAGGCAAUGAUAUAACCUAACAUAUUAGACAUUGGUAAAAUAGUAAAAUAUAACGAAAUUUUGGAUAAUGAGGGGAGAUUAAAAUCCAACCAAGAAUUAAAGGAGCAGGGAAUAAUUAUAGACUGAUGGCCUAUAGACUUAUAGACUCCAACUACAAUCAAGAUACAAAAAAGAUUUAGAGGAAUUUGGAUUUGAACCAAAUUUAACAUAACUAGACAAAUUAUUAACAGGCCCAAAAGAGAAAUUACUAUCUAAAAUAUAUAAUUAUUAAUUAAAUUUUGAUUUGGAAGAGGAAAUUGUAAAGGGGCCAAUGAUAGCAUGGGCCAAAAAUGUGGGAUGUAAUAUUGAGUUAGAAGAUUGGGAAAAAAUUUGGAAGAAAAAUUAUACAUUAACAAAAUCUGCUGCAUAUAAAGAAAAUCAGUAUAAAAUGUUCUAUUGGUGGCACUUAGCCCCAACAAGACUUGCAAAAACAUACCCCAAUCUAAAUCCUAAUUGCUGGAAAUGUAAAAAAGCACAAGGUACCUUUUUCAUGUAUGGUGGCUUUGCCCAGAAAUAAAAAAAUACUGGAUUAAAAUACAAAAAUGGUUAAAACUCAUCUCUUUCAGUUAGCCGGUCUCUCUUGAUUUUAUGAUUUUAUGGUUGAUUUUAAAUUUUGAUAUGGAUUUUAAAUUGACAAAUUUUAAACUAUGGGCCAAAUUUAAUUAUUUUAAAUUUAUUUUUAAUUGUACUUUAUGUAUAAAUGUUUUAUUUUGGCUGUUCACCACCCUGAGUCCGAAAGGAGAAGGGCGGUAUAGAAAUUUGAAUAAUAAAUAAAUAAAUAAAUAAAUAAAUAAAUAAAUAAAUAAAUAAAUAAAUAAAUAAAUAAAAUUACGCAUUGCCAAAUAGAAUUGAAGCCUGAACUGUUUCUUCUGGGGAUCAUUAAAGGAAAAUAUCCUAAAAAAAAUUAAUAUUUGAUCAUUCAUAUUAUUACAGCAUUGAGAAUUGUUACUCGCAGAAGCCUGGAAAAUGUCCAUUACAUCGAUAGAUUGUGUAAUAAUCCAGAAAAUUUUUUGAAUGUGCAGAAAUGGACAAACCUACUAUAGAAUUAAAUAAUAAGGAAGACUCAGAAUAUUACUCAACUUGGGAAAACUGGUAUCAAUGGAUAGAAAAUAAAAAUAGGAAAUAUAGAGAUCAAAAUAAAACAUAAUUUGUGUUUACAUAUAUGUGAUCAGGAAGGAAUAUCUGAGAAUAUAUGAAUAGAGUUAAGAUUUGUAUACUGUUAGAACGAUGUUGAAUUGUACAACUAUCAUGGAUGUAUUUUUGUUACAGAUGUAUUUGUAUUUUAAUAUUUUAAGUUUUAAUAAAGGUUUUUUGAAAAUUUAAAAAAAGAAACUAUAAAUUGACAAUGGCAACUACGUACAAGGAAAACCUGUAUAAAAUGUUCUACAGGUCACAUUUGCCACUGGCAAGGCUAGCAAAGAUGUUUAAAAACAUGUCCGCCAAACGUUGGAAAUGCAACCAGAUACCGGGCUCGUAUUACCAUAUGUGGUGGACCUGGCCAAACACCUUCCAGUAAUCAAUGUGGACUCAGG